AGUUCGGCCACGUCCGCGGCCACGUCGCGCCGCCUCGCCAUCUUCGCCGCUUCCUCAGGCGCCGCCGCCGUCCAGCUGCAGUCUCGCCGCCAUGAACGUCUUCCGGCUGACCGGGGACCUGUCCCACCUGGCGGCCAUCGUCAUCCUGCUGCUGAAGAUCUGGAAGACGCGCUCCUGCGCCGGUAUUUCUGGUAAAAGCCAGCUUCUGUUUGCACUGGUCUUCACAACUCGUUACCUGGAUCUCUUUACGUCCUUUAUCUCAUUAUACAACACCUCGAUGAAGCUCAUCUACAUUGCCUGCUCAUACGCCACCGUGUACCUCAUCUACAUGAAGUUCAAGGCCACCUACGACGGGAACCACGACACCUUCCGAGUGGAGUUCCUGGUGGUCCCCGUGGGGGGCCUGUCCUUUCUGGUCAACCACGACUUCUCCCCCCUCGAGAUCUUGUGGACCUUCUCCAUCUACCUGGAGUCGGUGGCCAUCCUGCCACAGCUCUUCAUGAUCAGCAAGACCGGUGAAGCAGAGACCAUCACCACUCACUACCUGUUCUUCCUGGGCCUCUACCGUGCUCUCUAUCUUGUCAACUGGGUCUGGCGCUUCUACUUCGAGGGCUUCUUCGACCUCAUCGCCGUGGUGGCCGGUGUGGUCCAGACCAUCCUCUACUGCGACUUUUUCUACUUGUACGUCACAAAAGUACUCAAGGGAAAGAAGCUCAGUCUGCCGGCGUAAGUGCCACGCGUCACCAGCCUCUGUCCUUCAGGUGCUCGGACAGAGCUCUCCCCGAGCAGAGGCCCGAGAUGCUUGAUGCGGAGGGGCAGAAACUCCCUUUGGUUGCAGAUGGCCACCCCAGCUCCGGGGGACCCGGGGAAAGGCCCAGAAGGUUUCUGUUUAUCGCAUCUCGCCUUACCUUUUUUUAUUACUAUGUACAAAGAUUUUUUUACACAAAGAAACUUAAUGCCGUAUUAAUAAAUCCAAUGUGUAGCUUCAA